AUGGAGACCAAGGGCAGCCGAGAUCUUCGAUUUGGCGACCUCUAUCACGGCUUCAUGCAGGAAUACGAGGACCUGCAACACAUGAAGAAGGUAAAUACCUCAACAACAACGGAGAAUUUCAGAUGCUACUUACCGCAUCACGGGGUCCUGAAGGAAUCGAGCACGACGACAAAGCUCCGAGUCGUGUUCAACGGCUCUCAGCGCACACGGGCCGGUACUUCGCUCAACUCGCAGCUGCUGACUGGGGCAAACCUUCUGCCAGCGCUCACCGACGUGUUGCUGCGAUGGCGUUGGCACCGGUACGUCUUCGUCACCGACAUCGAGAAGAUGUACCGCCAAAUCCUCGUACAUCCUGAGGACUGCCGUCUCCAAACAAUCUUGUGGCGUCACAACAAGACGGACGAGAUCGGAGAGUACGAGCUGCAGACGGUGACCUACGGCAUGGCGUGUGCACCGUUCCUGGCCAUCCGAACUCUGCAACAACUUUGUGCGGACGAGGGAGCGCAGUUUCCUCAAGGUGCCACAGUACUUCGGCUUGAUUGCUACGUCGACGACGUGGUCACCGGCGCGGACAACCUCGACGAUGCCGUCAACCUCCAGACGGAGCUGCGCAACCUCUGCAUGGCGGGCGGAUUUCCACUGAGGAAGUGGGCCUCGAACCAUCCAGAGGUCCUCACAGGAGUCCCACAGGAGCAUCGGCUGCAGCAAGGACCACAUUCCUGGGAAGGAGAGAGCCAUUCGACAUUGGGCCUGCGAUGGCGUCCUCAAGAUGACCGGUUUGCCUUCGCAAUACAUCCUCGGCCAGUCAGCAAAUUCACGAAGCGACGAGUCCUCUCCGAAACUGCACGCCUAUUCGACCCGAUGGGCUGGCUCGCGCCUGUCGUCAUUCGGGCGAAGAUCCUAAUCCAAAGCACCUGGCUUCAGCAACUUGAUUGGGACGCUCCACUGCCGGCCAAGGAUGCUCGACAUUGGCAACAGCUGUUGGAUCAGUUGCCGCUGCUCAGGCACAUACGCGUGAAUCGCUGGCUCAGCACCGACAACGAUCACUCGAGGUUGCAGCUCCACGGUUUUGCUGAUGCUUCCGAACGAGGAUACGCCGCAGUAGUCUACCUCCGCACCACUGAAAGGGGAAAACCGUCAAUUAAUCUACUCAUGGCGAAAUCCAAGGUCGCACCCGUCAAGCAGGUUUCGUUGCCGCGACUUGAGUUGUGCGCUGCUAGCCUACUCACCACGCUCACGCUGCAUGUCCGCGACAUUCUCGGCUUGGCAACUACUCCAGUAUAUCUGUGGUCCGAUUCCCAGGUCACGCUUCAUUGGAUCCAGGGACACGCCACUCGCUGGAAAACUUUCGUCGCCAACCGGGUAGCUCAUAUCCAGACACAGCUCCCGGACGCUCGAUGGAGACACGUAGCCGGGAAGAAUAAUCCUGCAGACUGCGCAUCGAGAGGAAUUACUCCUGGAGAAUUAAUCAACCACGCAUUAUGGUGGACUGGACCUACCUGGUUGGCACUGGACGAGACAGCAUGGCCCAGCUCAGAGGUCCACAUCGCAGAGGAUGACCUUCCUGAACAGCGCACCACCAGCCUGAUGACCAAGGGCUCCGUCGUCGUCGAACCGGACAUCCUUCUUCGGUUCUCUGCGCUUCAUCGGCUGCUACGCGUUACGGCUUGGUGUCGUCGAUGGCUCAACGUGGCGAGCCGGGAGGUCACACCUGGUUGUCCACUACACCCCGACGAGCUGGACGCCGCCCUACUCCAGUGGCUUCGAGUAGUACAGGCGCUCCACUUCCCGGACGAGAUAGCUGCUGCCACCGCAGGACGCUCCGGCCCACCACGCAGUUCACUGAUCAAGCUGAAUCCGUUCAUCGACGACCAAGGUGUACUGCGCGUUGGAGGACGUCUCAAACACGCACUGCUGCCCUACGACGAGAAGCACCCGGUGAUCAUACCGCCGGCCUCCUGGAUGACGCGACUGCUGAUCGAGUCCUGCCAUCGUCGCUCUCUGCACGGCGGCGUCCAGAUGACACUCGGUCUGCUUCGCCUUCGAUUCUGGGUACCACGCGGAAGGACCGUCGUCAAGCAGCAACUGCAUCGGUGCGUCACUUGCACUCGCUGGCGCGCUGCCACGCCACAGCCUCCAAUGGGCCACCUUCCUCGGGACCGAGUGACGCCAACUCGACCUUUCUUGAGCACUGGACUGGACUACGCGGGACCAAUUUCCAUCCGGACCAGCAAAGGACGCGGACACCGCUCACAGAAAGGAUACAUCGCGGUCUUCGUCUGCUUUUGGUCGAAGGCCAUCCACCUCGAGGUCGUCUCGGAUUACAGCUCCGAGGCCUUCAUCGCCGCCUUACGCCGCUUCGUCUCUCGCAGAGGACUGUGUACGGACGUCUACAGCGACUGCGGCACAACAUUCGUUGGCGCCGAUCGCACCCUGCGGGAGCUCUUCAAGGCGUCGACCUCCGAGGGCCUUCACAUCGCCCGCGCCGCCAACACUCAAGGGAUCCGCUGGCAUUUUAAUCCGCCAGCGGCCCCUCACUUCGGUGGUCUUUGGGAGGCUGCCGUGAAAUCCACGAAAUUUCACCUCCGCCGAGUAAUCGGCGACACCACGCUCACUUUUGAGGAGCUUAGCACACUCCUCACACAAAUCGAGGCGUGUCUUAAUUCUCGUCCGUUGCAGGCUCUGUCAGACGAUCCAGACGACACUUCAGCACUCACUCCAGGGCACUUCAUCAUCGGCGCGCCUCUAUUAGCUAUACCUGAGCCGUCACGGAUCGGACAAUCAUCAUCCACGCUGUCACGCUGGCAUCACCUGCAGCUGAUGCGAGACCAUUUUUGGCAGCGGUGGUCGGCUGAGUACGUGCACGGGCUCAACCCCCGCACCAAAUGGGUCAAGGCCGAGGCCGCACCUCACGUCGGGGACCUUUGCAUCAUCCGCUCGGAGCUCACCCCUCCGACUCGAUGGCCUCUUGCAAGGAUCACGAGACUGCAUCCCGGGGACGACGGUGUCGUCCGCGUGGUCUCAGUACGCACCGCCACAUCCGAAUUCGUACGCCCGAUCGUUAAAUUGGUCAUGCUCCCGGGCGCGGAUCGUAUUCCGGACACGAAUAACGCGGACACGCCGUCCGCCGGCACGUAA